AUGCGCCAACAGGAAGCCGAUUGUACUGAAAGGUAUGUUAGCUAACACGCAUCCUUUCGGAGGCUGACAAUUUUCUCCUCUAUAUCCAGUCAUUUGGUCUCUAUUUAAUUAAAACCAUCAUUGUUGUUUUAUGUAUUGAAGCAAAAUAGACUCAUAUCAAUUAAUUGACAUAUCUGUGUGAUUAAUUCGUUGUAUUUUUUAUUUAGUGCGGGUCACACCGGUUUGUGUGAACGACAUGCGUGCUAACUGUGGCCAUGCAGAUGCGGUCUAAUUUCAGCCUUAGAGGACAAGCGCUCGCAUCUGAAUCACCCAUAAAAACGAGAUCGAUAUUAAAUAACGGAUAUUGAUAACGGUGUUCUGUAUCCAAUCACGUUUUUCUCUUAAGAGAUAUUCAUCUCUGUGCUCGUUUGUUCAAAAUCGGUAAUCCAACGCUAUUAAGGUUUAAGCCUAAAGUGAGAUUUGACCAUAAAUAGAUGUGCUUUACACUCUGUACAUAUGAGCUCAUGAUUUCACCUGAUAGAGAAAUCAUCUUUGAAGGCUUUUGAGGUCUACUAUAGAGGCAUUAAAAUGUGAAUCUGGUGUUUAAGACGUUACCAUCCAGCAGAGGAAGCUGUGAGCUGUAUCGUCCACUUACAUUGUAAAGCUGCAGAUUUACAUGUUGGAUAAGAGGCAUAAAAUAUAAGCUCAGUUGUUACAGAUGAGGGCCAAACAGCUCCACCUGUUUUGGAAAUAAGACGCUGUUUAUUGCGUACUGAUUGUUCAAUAAUAAAAAAAAUCUGCAUAGAUAUAUUAUGUAUAGAUAUGUCACUGUCAGUAAGUCAGUUGUAGGUAAAGACUACGCAGUCAGUCUUUAAAAGUCUUAUCAGCACAUUUUACAGAGACCAAGGUCAGUUACCCUCCUCAAAGGAAUCCAAGCUUUACUCGUGACCUGAAAUAAGCAUGGUCUUUCUGUCAGUCUACCUACAAUUCACACAGUUCAGCUGACGGUCACGAUGACCUGCUCCUGAUAACCAGGCAGAACAUUGUCCUCAACACAUACCAAAUCAUAAAAUAGGCUACAGAGAGUAAAAUACAACACUAACCAGCCACGCUGUCUAUCCCAGAAACUCAAUAACACCAUUUUAACAUGUUCAAGUCUGUCUUGAUUUUCUACAAAUAACAGUUCUGCUAUGAUUCCCUAACAUUGGUUUGAUUGGAGUGGUUUCUUCCAGCUAGUUCUUCCAAAAAUAACCAGUUAGCACUAGAUUACAUAGCCUAUUCAAGGAAACACACACACACAAUGUACUAACUAGGUAAUGACCUGUAAUUUGGAGUAUAGCCUUUAAGAGAGUUUUCCCAGUGAGACAUGAUAGUGAACAUAAACUUUAAAACCCCGCAGAGGAGGGGGGAAAAAAACAUCCAGGCAAGAGAAACAUUUUGUCCUGCUGGAAAAAUACUGAAGCCAGUUAAAGCGGGUCAUGCCUAAAAAAAAUGUGUUUUUACUGAAGACUACGGACAGCCCCAAGGUUGCUGCAAAGGCAGUAACUAAAAGAAAAUAGAGGGGACUUGAUGACUUAAAGGUCCUCAGUAGUCCUUCCUUUGGCUGCAGGCUUUUUUUGUAAAUCCAUGUUGAGCACCCCUUUGUACGGCAUUAUUGUGGCAUAUCCCUGCAGUGCAUAUACAGUCUUCCAAGGUUAAGUUGGGCCAUUGUCAGCUGAAAAAUAGCUUUUUUUAUGUCUUUGUGUGAUGCUUCCUGAAGGUGGCAUAAUACAAUGCUACCAAGUCUCAUUGGGAAUUGUUUUAAGGCUUAAAAUAUCGGUCUCAAGCUUAAGAAAUGAUGAAGACAGCUGCUUUUUUCAGAGUGUCUGUUGGGUUUUUGAGUUAUAUUUUCAUAUAAUUGAUGUGCUUUACAUUAUGUAACCAGACAAACAUGGCAGUGGAUGUUCCUGGACUGGUGGCCGUGGUGGUUUUUUAUAUCAUCAUCCUAGUAAUUGGCAUUUGGGCAUCUCGAAAGUCCAAGAAAGCGGAGAAGUCAUGUGUUGGCAGCAAAAGCGAAGUUACCAUGGUGGGCGGCCGCAACAUCAACGUCCUGGUUGGAGUUUUCACCAUGACAGGUAGAACUGUGCUUUAUUUUUGAGUGUCUAUAACUUGAUCAGUGUAAUUGUGGGUGUACAUUCUCCUUUCUGUGGUUGUAUUUCAGCGACAUGGGUUGGUGGAGGUUACAUUAUGGGAACUGCUGAAGCUGUUUAUUCUCCUACUCAAGGUCUCAUCUGGGCGAUGGGGCCUCCCGCGUAUCUUAUCAAUUUCAUUCUAGGUGAGUAGCUCCAACAAAUGCAGCUGCGUUAUAACACAAAGUGGACAACAUAGUGAUGGUCAUUGUUCAAGGCUCUCACUAGAUUAUUACAGCACUCUGUAUCUUUUCUUGUUUUGGUGCUUCACAGCACCCUAGUGUUGUAUUUUCAGCCCCGUUUCCUCAAGUGUCACAGGAUGUGACUGUAGAUGUGUCUUGUGUGUUUGCUCUUAUUGUUUAGACAAGAAUACACUGACAACAUUUAGAAACUAUUUAAAGGCAAAGUUUGCUAUAAAUGCAUGUAGUUUUCACAUAAUCAUUGCAACCACCUGCAAGUGGUCACACACUGAAACAAAAUCACUGAGAUUAGUCCUGUCUCCCAGGUGAAAUGACUGCCAAAAAUUAAGAUUACGGACAGUCAGAAAGCCGGAGUACAUUUCACUGAAGGCCCCAAUUAGAAUUGACUUAAGCUUGAAAAGUAUGUUCUGGCCAAAGUAACACCCGCACUCAAAGCUAAGAGACCACAGAGUCAUCUCAGGACUUUAAGACCUCCAAUACAGAGAAAAUGUAUGUUAGGAGAGGAUAUUUAUGAGCAAAUCGAAAAAGUUGAAUGUACCAAAAUGUCCUUAUUUCCUCAUAAUUUAAUUCAAAAUGUGAAAUUUACACAUAUUCUAGAGUCUUUGCACUCAAAGUGAAAUUUCAAGACUGUUUUUGUUUGAAUCUUGAUGAUUAUGACUUAUAGCUCAGGAUAAUCAAAAAUCUUCUAUCUCAAAAUAUUAGAAUAUUACAAAACACCAAAAAAAAAAGAGGGAUUUAUAAAACUGUGACAUGGUGUGGAGGCAAUCAGUUUCUGCCUUUAGCUUGUCUGUAUAGACAAGCUUGUCUUGUCUCUUAGCUUGUCUCUGAUCUUUUCCCAGAGGUUCUCUGUAGGGUUCUGAUCAGACCUCUUGAAUUGCCAAUCAAGCACAUAAUUGCAGUUUACAAGCCAGUUCCUGGUAGUUUUUUUGGUGCUGUGGGCAGGUGCAAGGUCCUGCUGGAAACGGAAAUCUUUAUCUCAAUAAAUCUUAUCAGCAUAUGGAAGCAUAAAGUGCUCUAAAAUCACCCCAAUCAUCACAUACUGUGGGAACUUCGUCCUGGACUUAAAGCACCUUGGAUUAUGUGCCUCUCUGAUCUUUCUCCAGACUCUGGGAACUUGAUUUCCAAAUGACAUCCAAAAUUUACAUUCAUCUGAAGAGAGGACUUUGGACCACUGAGCAAUAGUCCAGUUCUUUUUCUUCUUGAGUCAUUUAAGACACUUAUGGCAUCCCUGGUUCAGAAGUAGCUUGACCUCAGGAACACAACAUGUAGUUUAUUUCCUUCACAUGUCUCCGUAUAGUGGCUCUUUAUGCUCUGACUCCAACCUUAGCCCACUCCUUGUGAAGCUCCAUUAAGUUCUUGAACCUGUUUUGUUUGACAAUCCUUUCUAGGCUGUGCUUAUCCCUGUUACUUGGUCCCCCUCUCCUCCCACUUUUUUCUCUUCCAGUCAACCUUCCAUUUACAUGCUUUGAUACAGCACUCUGUGAACAGCCAGCACUUUCAGCAACAACCUUCUGUGGCACUUCUGCUUUUAAAUGUGCUUUUAAGUGCUUUUAAAUGUUCAUUUCUAAGUGUCUGUACUGUCUUCUCUAUGCAUUUUACUGUGUCUUUGACUUCUAUGAAAAGCGCUUUGUAGAUAAAUUUUAUUACCUCCGCCAAGGAGGUUAUGUUUUUGGUAGCGUUGGUUUGUUUGUUGGUUGGUGUGUUGGUUUGUUUGUUUGUUUGUUAGUUUGUUUGUCUGUGAACAACUUUACGGAGAAAGUUACAGACGGAUUGACCUGAAAUUUUCACCAGAGGUGCGUCUCAGCCCCAGGAGGGUCCCAUUAAAUUUUGGUGGUGAUCCGGAUCACCUUCUGGAUUCAGGAAUUUUUUGAAGGAUUCUUUAUCAUUAUGAGAUAGGGCAAAUUUUGGAAUUUUUGCAUUUAACUCUAUAAAAAUGGCCAGAGUUUUUAGUAAAAAAUUACACAAAAGGAUCUCAAUGAGUUUUAUGAGUUGUAAAAGGUUGAUCCUGAUCCAGACAAAAUUCCGGAUUCUGUGAUCCAGAACACACAAAAAUAAGGGUGUCGUUGGAAUUUUCAAUGCUGAAAGAUAACGAAUGGGCGGCACUGUGGUGUAGAUGGGCAGCACAGUGGUGUAGUGGUUAGCACUGUCGCGUCACAGCAAGAAGGUCCUGGGUGCGAAUCCGGGUCAGGGCAUUUCUUGUUUUAGGAACAUUAUGAACAGUGAACACACCAGUUUAAACACAAAUAAAAGUUAAUAAAAGACAGUUAACAGUAAAAGUUUUGGUGUGACUCACAAUAUAAGAGGGGACAUGAGCUGCUUGGUGGAGGUCUGCGCUGUCCGAGUGCUUUUCUAGUUAUUAAUGUGGAGGGGGGUCAAUGAUUGUCUUCUGGCCAACUGUGAAGUUAACAGUCUUCCCUACGAUUGUGGUUGUGUGAGCUUGACCAGAGUGAGAGGUUAAAUGCUCAGUUAACCUUUGCAGGUAUCCAGAGUUAAUUAGCUAACAAGAGGUCUUUUCAGAACUGAAAGAACUGACAAGAAACUGGACUUUUGCGUAAUACUCUGUUUUGAGAUAGAUUUUUUAUUUUUAUUUUUAUUUUUAGCUGUGAAUCAGAAUAAUCAAGAUUAAAACAAAAAAAGUCUUGAAAUAUUUCACUCUGUGUGAGAUGAAUGUAGAAUAUAGUCAAAGAAUAGAUUUUUAAAUUUUAUUUUGAACUGCUUUGAAGGGAAAAACACACCCCUUCCACAGUGUAACAUUGCACACCCCCUGCAUAACUUUUAUCGAGUCAACUUUUAUUUGAAGAAUAUCUUUGGUAAAGACACUUGAGUUAGACUUACACAAAUACCGGGAGAGGAAGAUUUCUACCAGGCUUUAAAUCAGAGUCUGUUUUUAAUAUGGAUGUUACCAUGUGCACAAAUACGAAAUAACUGCUAAUCCAUGACAAUUAUACUGUUGCUUAAGAUUAACAUUGCAAAAAGUGAAAAAUGAAAGUGGUCUUUUAAUGAAAUAUUUUGCUGCUAAGCAUCAUGUCAUCCUUGGCCUUGGGAAAGAGAGAGAUGCUCCGAUGACUGUGCUAGCUGUUUCACUAGCACAGUCAUUGUAGCAUUAGCAGCAGGAGCAGUCAAGCCAUUUGUUAUUAGCCAUAACCGAUGAGUCACAGACACAGCUGUAGGGCAGUCAUUGUACCUUAAGCUACAAAAUGGGCAGCAGUCAGAACAUUUUGUGCAACAACGUUAUUCAGCCCAUCAAAGCUGUAGUGCUCUGCCUUCACAUUGAUUUAUCUUCACUUUCAUUUCAUUUUAAAAUCUCCUGCUUGCUCUAGUCUGCAUCAGUUUGAGUUGUAUGAGGAUCCCCGCAAAAGCAAAAAGAACAGAAAUCACAGAUAUUUUCCAUCUCACAGCUUCUUCCAAACACUUGCAACUUAGCUUCUGUGUUAAGUAAAGAAAACAAUCAAUUUCAUGUCAUUUCAGCAUACACCAAAUUUGAAAAUGAUCUCUGAAUGUACAGAAUAUACAUGACCGUGUUCUUUAUGUCCUACUGCUUACACUGAGGACACCAAGGUGGUAGUACUGAUCAUGUACUGAUUAUUUCACUGGUAGUUACAACAAACAGAAACCCAACUGCUGAACAACCCAAAGCCACAAUAUCCAUCAUUAGUCACAUAUUGACAUUGACCCAACAAUAAGAACCCAAGCAGCAUGAGAACCAAACAGUAUGAACUGAGACCAAGAGGACCAAUAAAGGAACCAAGUAAAGUAAGAAAGGAAGGAGACAAAAACAAUAGAAAGGACAAAAACAUCCCAGAUUGGAGCCAAGCACAUACAGACUUUUAAAGUGAACAGUAGAAUCUUAAAAUUAAUUCUAAAACUAGCAGGGAGCCAGUGUUGAGAGAUUAAAAUGAGGGGAUGUGAUGGCAUUAUUUUAGAACUGAUGAUGAGAGGCUUAGCUGCUGCAUUUUGGACCAGUUGGAGGCGUGAGAGUUUGAUUCUUGAUACCUGUCGAGAGAGGAUUACAGUAAUUAAACCUGGAGGAGAUGAAUGACCUUUUCAAGGUCCGUUUGUGAAAGCAUUGAUUUGAUUUGGAGAUGGUACGUAAUUGGUAGUAGCACAAUUGUUUGAUUUCUCUUAUAUGAUAUUCAAAGGUAAAGUAAAAGUCUAGUAUUACUCCCAAACUUGUGAAUAAGGUACCAAGGCUGAGCUCUUUUGAAAAAUCAGUGUAACAUUGUGGAUUGAAGAGUAUUAUUUUGGAUUUUUAAGGAUUUGACUGGAAAAAGUUUCUAGCCAUCCCUGAGACAGUUCUUGAUGUCAGCUAGGUUAGUGAAAGUAUAUCUGUGUGUCAUUAGCAAAGCAAUAGAAGGAGACUUUGUGCACUGAAUUUUUUGGCCAAGGGACAGCAUACAAAGAAAUAAAAUCAGCCCUAAGAUUGAACCCUGUGGUACCCCAUGAGUAAUGUUAAAAGAGGAAGAUGAGUGUUUGCCUGUGGUGACCGCAAAGGUUUGAUCUAAACGGUAAGAUUGAAACCAGCUAAGUGCAGUGUCCCAAGACCCAAGAUAUGCCUUUGAUAACCAAAAAAACCCUGACUGAAGGUGGAACCUGGGAUAUUUUUUCUGGACACAUUAACAAUUAUCAAAGGUGUUUUAAGUUUGUUUUCUUUUCUCUUCUUCAGGAGGAUUAUUUUUUGCUAAACCAAUGAGGUCUAAGCGCUAUGUUACCAUGUUGGACCCAUUUCAGCAUCGCUACGGAAACAUUUUCACCGCAACACUUUUGCUUCCCGCUUUGGUCAGUGAUAUCUUGUGGGUGGCCUGCAUCCUUGCUGCCUUGGGUGAGAACCAACAAAUGCAGAAGUCUAUAUGAACCAUCUUCAACAUUAAAGGGCUAAAUAAACAUUUAUAUAAUCUCAUAUCAAAAUCAAGCACCGUCUCUGAUAUAAAAAUGUCCUUCAUUUUCAGGUGGAACCAUGAACGUCAUUCUUGGCCUGUCGUCUACCCUGUCCAUCCUUAUCUCAGCUGCUGUCUCAAUUAUCUACACAUUUUUAGGGGGGCUCUACUCAGUUGCAUACACGGAUAUUAUCCAGCUUUCCUUCAUCUUCUUCAGCCUGGUGAGAAGAAGGAAGAUACAAACAAAAGCAGAUAUAUUAAGUUACAAAGCAGGAUACAAAACAGAAAUGAAAAGACCCGUAUCAGAUGACUACAUUAACACUGACUCACAAGCGUUAAAGCAAAUCAAUAGAUGACCUGACUUCUAUUUGCUUUAACAGCCUUUUGUUUUUUGUCUGUUCCAGUGGCUCUGUGUUCCUUUUUUGCUCUUGAGUCCUGCAGUCACUGACGUCUCUCAGAGCCAAGCCCACUUCAACCAAUCAAGCGGAAUCUCCUGGUUAGGAGAGCUUGAGCUGGCAGAUGCAGGAAAAUGGGCAGAUGAGAUGCUGCUAUUGGUAAGAUGUUACGCUUAUUUUGUCAGACCCACAAACACUUCCAAUCUGGGCAGUCGUCUCCUUCAAUUUAACCCAUUCUCUUCCUGUCCCCCUGACUUGCAAUUUCUCCUGCUUAUCUUCCUGUCUCGACAACAAUCAAAUGAGUGUUCCUUAACCUCUGUGUGGGAUGUGUCAUAAGAGCUCGCUCACUGAGUCAUUCCCUCUCAUUCUCCUCCAACAUUUUUGUGUGUUGUGUCAUUUUUGUAAGACAUUUUGUACAUUUUCCUUUUAAUGUGGGCUUUAAAAUGAAGAGAAAUUUGAAGGAUUUUUCUUGCACAUUUGUUUAACUUAUUGAUCGAUAGUUUAGAGAGUUCAUUUCCCAAUACUAUUGUGUUUUGUCCUUAUAUUUGCUCCUUGGCUAUACAAAUGCAGACAUACAACCCCCCGUGUAUAACAUUUCCCUCAGUUUUCCCAAACAGUAUAUCCUUGCUGAGCUGCUAGGGCGUAAAGAGGGAAUUUUGCACAGCAGCCAACUCUGAAAUAAACAGGUUUCAAGACAGACCUUGAAAAACCUUAAACUUCUAAACCCAGAAUGUACCUGCUACUUGUGUGAGUAAGCUGACAUUUACAAUGAUAAGAUCUAUCAUCUUUUGUAGCACAGCCAGUAUCUUGUGUCAACUUUUGUGAACAAAACAAGGUUGGCAUAGGCGUUUUGUAACACUGUCUUACAAAACCUAAAUUCCCAGGAGAGAUAUCAGAUCAACCGACCAGUCUUAGUCCUCCUAGUUGAACACUGUAACUGCAAAAUGCAACAGUCCUGCUGCCAAUGCGGCAAAAAGAAAUGCAUUAAAGACUGACCCAUUAAUUUUCAUAUCAGACACAGUACAGGCCCUAGCUUUAGGCCCAAUACAGCUGACUAACCAUAUCCACCCUGUCCUAACCAUAGACUGUAUGUAGAAUGGACAUUAUCUGCCUCCUCGCUGGGUGAAGCCUCCGCGAGAACAGCACCCUCUGGUGACAGCUUGCAGUAUAGGUUAUAAAUCCUGCCUCCUCCAGCAAACUCAAUAGGGCUGUGGACAAACUAAAGAAUUAAUUACACAGAAUAUACAUUUUUCUCCCCCGUGGUUGUGAUAUUGAAAUGUAGUUACUGUAAGACUGGUUUGUGCUCAAGUCCUCUUUUUUCGUGUUUUCUGAUUGACACUUGAUACAGCCUAUGGGCAUAUGAAGAUUGCGUAGUUCAUCCGGGGGAUACGCUGUUUGAGCAGAGCAUCAUCACAGUGACUCUCCCGCUAAAUGCGUUCAAUGCUACUGCGCAAGUGGUGGUUCCAGGAAGUGGAGAAAAUCCCAGAAAUACCGAAAGCAUUUUGGAUUCAAAUUCGUAUCAUGAUGGAAGGUGGAGCCAAGUUGUCCAUAGUAUAUACAGUCUAUGUUUCUAACCUGCUUUGACUGAAGUCAAAAUGUGUCUUUUAGGUAAACUGCAUGAUAUGCAAAGUUACUCACAAACAAAUUGUGUGUUUCUUGUACAACCUUGUGUCUACUACAGGCUUUGGGGGGACUGGCCUAUCAAGCUCUUUACCAGAGGAUCCUCUCUGCAUCGUCCUCGGCUCAGGCUCAGGUCACCUGUUAUGCUGCUGCUGGGACAGUUUUUGUUAUGGGUAUCCCCUCUGUUGUCAUUGGAGCGGUGGCUUCCUCUGCAGGUAAACAUGAAUGCAAACUCUCAGCUGUGCACAUACAGGACACAUCUACAUUUGUAAUCACACUUAGGCCCUAUUACCAUCGUGGGUAGUGUAGGCAGAUAUAGUCUUGUUUACAUUUGUAUGUGUGCUGUGGUUAGCAUAACAUACUAAUUAAGGUGGGACAUUUUCCAGCUUCCAAACACUUAGCCUCCAGCUUCCUGAUUCAUUUAUUUCUUUAUUUUGAUGCCAUCAUCAUAACAAAAGUUUCCUCCCCUCCCAUUAUUUCAUUUCUUUUCAACCCUGUCUGUCUCUUUCUCUACUUCUAUAACUCCUCCUCCUCUGUCUCCUUUCCUCUAAGACUGGAACCAGACAGCGUAUGGUCUACCCCCUCCUUUUGAACGAGGGGAGGCAGGGAAGAUCUUGCCACUGGCCCUGCAAAACCUCACACCCACCUGGUUGUCAGUGUUAGGCAUUGGUGCUGUGGCUGCAGCAGUUAUGUCCUCCAUGGACUCUGUGCUGCUGUCCUCAGCAUCCAUGUUUACGCAAAACAUAUACAAGACGACUUUGAGGAAGCAGGUGUGUGUGCGCGCUGUGUUUGUGAGUUUGUGUAAGUGCGCGUGUGCACGUGUGUGAGCACUUCAGCGGUUAUCAGUGCAACAGUAUUUUAAUCGCCCUGGUUUUUCUCUUCCUGCAGGCGUCAGAGCGGGAGCUGCAGUGGGUGAUCCGUGCUAGCGUGCUGCUGGUGGGCCUGGCAGGAACGGGUUUAGCCUUCAGUGAUGACAGCGUGUUCGCCUUGUGGAUGCUGAGCGGGGACCUUCUCUAUUGUGUGAUCCUCCCACAGCUCGUUGGGGUGUUGCACUUCAGCUGUACUAACAGUUAUGGUGCGAUCAUCGGUUAUUUGGUCGGACUGCUGCUGCGCGGGCUGAGUGGGGAGCCAGUGCUUGGGAUUCCCCCUAUCCUCCUGUAUCCUGGCUGGAGGGAACAGGACGGGGUUAUUACUCAAUACUUCCCCUACAGGACUCUAGCCAUGCUUCUCUCUGUAAUUUGUAUUGUUUCUGUGUCGUGGUUGGUGGGGCUUGCUUUCUGUCACCAGCUAAUUCCUCUGUCCUGGGAUGUACUUGGGGUGUUUGAGGAGAAAAAAGAGGCAGAGGGGGAUGAGGUUCCUGUUUCUCUAGGGGAAAAGAACAAUAUCCUUAAUACAAGACUCUAG